UAUAUAAAAACAACUUUCAUCUCAAAUUCUCAAAUCAACAGACACACAAGAGAGAGAAAGAGAAAGAGAAAGGGAAAGAGGAGGGUCCGACCCGAAGCCUUCUCUUUCGCCGCAGUGCUUGUUUUCAGAGCUAACAAAGGAAUCCACAGAGAAAAAGGAAAGAAAGAAAGAAGAUAUAUAUCUCUCUCUCUCUCUUCUGUUUCGACGCUCUAAGAUUCUUAUUCUUCACUUCAGGUGUGCUAUUUUACACCGGGUUCCACUUCAGUUCUGAUAUCAGAUUCGCUAAAUUCUCACCACGAUUGACGAUUUUGGAGCCAAACCGCUUAAUUCUUCAAGUUUCUUUUUACGGAAAUCAAUCAUGCGAGUUUCCUUUGAUGUAAACAAGCUAAGCCAUCUAUCGUCUCGUGCAGAAUUGUGAUUGUUGAUUACGAACGGAGAGCUUAGAUUAAUAUAGGAACUUGGAGAAGAAAAUUGAGUAGGUGCGAUUGUGAUCUUAAGCUUGCUUUGGACUUGAAUCUAAACCAAGGAGCGAAGAAAACAACGGUUUCUGUUAAAUUCGGAUCUGAGGAUCUUCCAUCAGCGAGAUAGUGAGAUCCAAGCUUCAAGCUCUCAAUUCCAGCGCUGUCUUACGAAUUAAAGCCUUUUUCACGUGGUAACGGAAUUGGAUUCUAUGUGAAUUCAGAUUCUGGAAGAUUGAAAUUCAAAAUUCCGUUGAAUUUCCUGGAAGGAAUAAGAGGACGACACGAAAGAGACGGAAAAGAAUAGCAAUAUUUUUCUGGUUUUGAUGAUGGAGCUUCCUCAAGCGCGGUCAUUUGGAACCGAAGGAAGAAAACCUACGCAUGACUUUCUGUCACUCUACAGUAAUUCAACUUCCCAACAAGAUCCACGACCACCUUCUCAAGGAAGCUACCUCAAGACCCAUGAUUUCUUGCGAGUAGAAACGAAAGCCAAUACAAAGGAAGAAGCCUCGGACGAGACAUCAUCGACGGUUCAAAAGCUACCACCUGCAGCACCACAACCGCCACCUUCUGUUGAGAACCACCAGCACCUCUUACCGGGAGGGAUUGGAACUUACAGUAUUGGCCACAUUUCUUAUUUUAAUAAUAAUAAUAAUAAUAACAAUAAUAAUAAUAAUAAUAAUAAUAAUAAUAAUAAUCAAAGGGUUCCAAAGCCAGAGGCACCCCUUUUCACUGUGCGUCAAGCAACUAGCACGGAUAGAAACGAUGAAAACUCCAACUGCAGUUCUUAUACCUCAAGUGGUUUCACUUUAUGGGAUGAGUCUGCAGUUAAAAAGGGAAAGACAGGGAAGGAGAAUAAUAUUGUGGGCGACAAGCUCAUUCCCGGAGAGACACAGUCUGCGAAGCAAGGGCAUUGGACGUCCACGGAGGGAACGCCACAGUCUUUUUCUAACAAUCGUCACAACAGCUUCAACUCUCGCUCUUCUUCUCAGACAACGGGACAGAGGAAUCAGAGUUUCAUAGAAAUGAUGAAGUCAGCAAAAGAUUGUGCCCAAGAUGAAGAGCUAGACAAUGAAGAAACAUACUUUCUUAAGAAAGAGUCCUCGAAUCCUGAAAGAGCAGAACUCAGGGUGAAAGUUGAUGGAAAGAGUACUGAUCAAAAGCCAAACACACCAAGGUCAAAACAUUCAGCAACAGAACAGCGGAGGAGGAGCAAAAUUAAUGACAGAUUCCAGAUGCUACGAGAGUUAAUUCCACACAGUGACCAAAAGAGAGACAAAGCAUCUUUUUUGCUCGAGGUCAUUGAGUAUAUUCAUUUCUUACAAGAGAAGGUGCAUAAGUAUGAAGGUUCAUUCCAAGGAUGGAACCACGAGCCAGAAAAACUGAUGCCAUGGAGGAAUAAUGACAAGCCAGCAGAGAGUUUUGAAGCUUGUGGCACAAAUAGCGGGUCAGGUCCAUCGCCAACCUUGCUCUUUGCUUCAAAGAUUGAUGAGAAAAAUAUCACUCUCUCCCCACCAAUUACUGGUAGUUCUCAGAAACUAGAACCUGGCUUGAACACAGCAACUCCCUUCAAGAACAUGGAUCAUCCUCCUGGAAUAACAAACACCACUUUCCCAAUUCCUAUUUCUUCACCGCCAAACUUCUUCCCUCCUAGAAAAAGCAUUGGUCUAGGCGAAAUGCCUCACGUCACACAUAGACUUCCAUCUGAUGCAGGGAAUGGCAUAUACCAACCUUCAGUGGAGUGUCAGACUGUGACUGCUACUAAUGAAAAGUUGAAAGAGAAAGAGCUAGCUAUUGAAGGUGGUGCCAUUAGCAUAUCAAGUGUAUACUCAAAAGGGUUGUUGGAUACACUUACACAUGCACUCCAGAGUUCGGGAGUGGAUUUGUCUCAGGCUAGCAUCUCAGUGCAAAUUGAGCUUCGUAAGCAAGAAAACAUUAUCAGACCAACUCUGCCAAUGUCAAUGUGUGGCAUUAAGGGCGAUGAAGUUCCUUCUAACAAUCAAAGGAUGAUGCGCUCUAGAGUUGCUACCUCUGGGAAAUCUGACCAACCAGUAAAGAAGCUAAAGUCUUGCAAAACCUAAUUCUGCCCUCAUAUUAUUCAUUCUUUCCUUAUUAUAAUAAUCUUGAUAUUAAUUAUUAUUUGGGGUAACUUUUUCUAAAAUUAAUUUUUGGAAGGGGGAUCAAAUGAUUUAUGUCUUACUGCUGGCUUAUUAUCCAGCAAGGGUGAGAUAGACUGUACAUGUCGUGUCUUGUUAGUUUGAUGGGCUCCCCCCCCCCCCCCCCCCCAAAAAAAAGGAGAAAUAAUAUUGCAUUAUUUUACUAUCUAAAAUUAUAUCAAUUUCAGAGGCUUCCAUACUAAUUGAGAAGCUGCUUUUUUAAUCAAGGCUUCGAUUCAUGUAAAGUUUGUAAACCUUUGGUCCUUUAUCUGUUGCGUAUUUCUUUAACUUCGAUAUUUGUGGUCCAGUUGUCUGGUUAUGAUAAAGAAACUUAUUGUACUCUUUUUACUUUUAGAAUAUUUCUGUAGUAACGUAGGGUACAAAGCUUUGUAAAAUUGUACAUGACAUUUACAAUUGUGUAAAAUAUAAAUAACUUAAGCAUAAACUUUGAAGAAAAAAGCCUUUCCUUCUCAUGUCUACAUCCUACAAGCAGGCAGAACCGCAGAAUUUUUCUCCCCCCUUCCCCUCCCCCCUCUAUUUUAAAUAUUCAUAAUUAAUAUUCUAUUGAUAUUCUGUUUUGUGUUUACAGCUUUAACC